ACCACGCAGGCUGCAGUGUUCCGGGCCCACCUGCCAGCCUCCCUCCUCGCAAGCCUCCGGACACCCGUCAAAUCCAAGCAAAGGCCAUCACCCCGGCCGGCGACGACUUCCUCCUCCCUCCCUGCGCGCUCCGAUCCCCCGCCACCCAUGGCAACGACCCACCCGGUCAGGGUUCUCCUUCUCCUUAUCGUCGUCGUCCUCGCCGGCGCCGGCGCCGCCCGUGGGUUCUACCUCCCCGGCGUCGCCCCCGCCGACUUCCGCAAGAAGGACCUGCUCUCCGUGAAGGUGAACCAGCUGAGCUCCAUCAAGACGCAGCUGCCCUACUCCUACUACUCCCUCCCCUUCUGCAGACCGGACACCAUAGCCGACAGCGCCGAGAACCUCGGCGAGGUCCUCCUCGGCGACCGCAUCGAGAACUCGCUCUACGUGUUUGAGAUGAUGGAGCCUAAGCUGUGCCAGAUCGUGUGCAAGAUUGUUAUAAGCCAAGAUGAAGCGAAGGAUUUGAAGGAAAAAAUUGACGAUGAGUACCGCAUAAACAUGAUUCUUGACAACCUUCCUUUGGUUGUCCCACUCACGCGAUUGGAUCAAGAGGCGCCCACGGUCUAUCAACACGGCAUGCAUGUCGGCGUCAAGGGCCAGUAUUCCGGGAGCAAGGAUGAGAAGCAUUUCAUCCACAACCACUUCACAUUUCUGGUGAAGUUUCACAAGGAUGUAAACACAGAUCUUGCUAGGAUUGUGGCCUUCGAAGUUAAGCCAUACAGUGUUAAGCAUGAAUAUGAUGGUGAUUGGAAGGGGAAUGGAACACACCUUAAAACCUGUGAUCCACACUCAAGACGUCUAGUUGUAGACUCUAAUUCACCUCAAGAAGUCGAGGCCAACAAAGAGAUCAUUUUCACUUAUGAUGUUAACUUUGAGGAAAGUAAUAUCAAGUGGGCAUCACGCUGGGACACCUACCUUCUGAUGACAGACGACCAAAUCCACUGGUUUUCCAUUGUCAAUUCUCUGAUGAUAGUCCUUUUCCUCUCUGGGAUGGUUGCCAUGAUCAUGCUCCGGACGCUGUACCGUGACAUCUCCAAGUACAACCAGCUAGAGAACCAGGAGGAUGCCCAGGAGGAGACAGGGUGGAAGCUUGUUCAUGGAGAUGUAUUCAGGCCUCCGGUCAAUGCCGACCUGUUGUGUGUGUAUGUCGGCACAGGCGUCCAGUUCUUUGGGAUGCUGCUCGUCACCUUGCUGUUCGCCAUCCUUGGACUCCUCUCACCAUCGAACCGGGGAGGGCUCAUGACAGCCAUGCUCCUCCUCUGGGUCUUCAUGGGCCUGUUUGCAGGGUACUCCUCCUCGCGCCUUUACAAAAUGUUCAAGGGCUCGGAAUGGAAGAACGUCGCCAUCAAGACGGCCUUGAUGUUUCCUGGCAUAGUGUUUGUGAUAUUCUUUGUCCUGAACACGCUCAUCUGGGGUGAGAAAUCCUCCGGUGCUGUGCCAUUCACCACCAUGUUUGCACUGGUGCUCCUCUGGUUUGGAAUAUCUGUGCCGCUGGUCUUCGUUGGCAGCUACCUUGGGUUCAAGAAGCCCACCGUGGAGGACCCGGUGAGGACGAACAAGAUACCACGGCUGAUACCGGAGCAGCCAUGGUACUUGAACCCAGUCGUCUCGGUACUGAUUGGAGGCCUCCUGCCCUUCGGUGCGGUGUUCAUCGAGCUCUUCUUCAUCCUGACAUCAAUCUGGCUGCAACAGUUCUACUACAUUUUCGGGUUCCUGUUCCUUGUCUUCAUCAUCCUGAUCCUGACCUGUGCCGAGAUCACCAUUGUGCUGUGCUACUUCCAGCUCUGUGGCGAGGACUACCAGUGGUGGUGGAGGUCCUACCUGACGUCUGGCUCGUCAGCGCUGUACCUCUUCCUAUACGCCACAUUCUAUUUCUUCACCAAGCUGGAAAUCACGAAGGCAGUCUCUGGCGUGCUCUACUUCGGCUACAUGUUCAUCGCCUCGUACGCCUUCUUUGUGCUCACCGGCACCAUCGGCUUCUACGCCUGCUUCUGGUUCACCAGGCUCAUUUACUCUUCCGUCAAGAUCGACUAGAAAUCUAGAGACUAGAGAUGCAUCACUGCUUUGUCGGUUUGGGAGAACAGAGAUCAAAAGAGAAUAGUAGGAAAGGAAGCAUCAGAACUUAGCAUGGAGAUUUACACCGGGUGAAAUGUAGGCUGCUUAUUCAUGUGUUUUAGGGUAUUUGCAGUUUGAUUCAGUUACACUAAAUGAGUGUACUUUGAUGUCAGUAAUUCGGAGCAGCUGUGUAUCCAUACAAAACUGGUUUUAGAUGGUAUUCCUUCCGGUCAUAAAUACUUGUCGCUUUUGAAUUUUUACA